CAAAAAAAUUAUGGCAGCAAUCACUUCAAGACAGACAAAAUGAAAAAAAAAUCUUGAUUGUAUCGGCGGUAAUGAUAUUUGGGUUCACUGUUUCAAGUUUGUUUACUAACAUCUGCUGUUCACAAGAACUGCAGGGUCAUUAGAUGAAGAUGGCGGCUUCCGCGAAAGAGAAAUUCACACAACUGGACGGUCAUCAGGUUAAAAAUUACAGUUUUCCUUUAGACAGAAUACCGCGUCUGCAUUACGAAGACCCCAAAGCGUAUGCACUAAUAAAAAACGAGAAACCAGUCAUCCUUACAGACUCCAAUAUUGUAAGAACAGCUUUGAAAUGGGAUCUCGAUUACUUAAAGGAGAACAUGGAAAAAGGGGAAUUCUCAGUCUAUGCUUCAAACACAUGGAAAUUCAUGUAUUUUGAUGAAAAAAGAGCCCAGGGCUGGCCAAACUUUUCUCCACCCACUACGAGAUUAACUAUGAAAUUUGAUGACUUCUACAAGCAAGUUAAAAGUUUUAAUGCAGACUCAAUCAAAUCAAAUUCCCCUAAAAUUUACCUCCAGCAAAUGCUAAAUGAUCAAGUUGGGAAAAACAUAGUCAUGGAUUUUCUUGGCUUCAAAUGGGAGUGGUUGAACACAAUGAAAAAAGAAAUGGGAUGGGGACCAUUGACGUCCAAUCUUUUGCUGAUUGGACUCCCUGGCAACAUAACUCCAGUUCACUAUGAUGAGCAACAAAAUUUCUUCUGUCAAGUGACAGGUUAUAAGAGAGUUAUUCUUUGUCAUCCAGAGAUGUUUAAGUGUUUAUAUCCAUAUCCAGUUCAUCAUCCUUGUGACAGACAGAGUCAAGUUGAUUUUGACAACCCAGAUUAUGAUAAAUUCCCUGAAUUCAAGAAUCUCAGUGGUUCUGAAGCAAUUGUUGGUCCAGGAGAUGUGCUGUAUAUUCCUAUGUAUUGGUGGCACUACAUUGAAUCAACAAAGGAUAGUGACAUUACAACAUCAGUAAACUUUUGGUACAAGGCAGGACAAACACCUGACAAAAUCUCCUACCCUUUGUCAGCACAACAGAAGAUGGCUAUUAUGAGAAAUAUAGAAAGAAUGCUUGGUGAGGCUUUGGGAAAUCAUACAGAGGUUGGCCCAUUGUUAAAUACCAUCAUAAAAGGACGAUAUGACGAACAAAGUGACAAUUAAACUCCUUUAACAAGACACAAAACAGUGGAAAUUUUGAAAACAGCUGUUAAUAUUGAUCUGUCUUGAAUGUCUGAAAUUUAAGGUACUCACAAACUUUUUCUCAACAAUUUAUUUGCACUUACAAUUUCCGGACAGACUGAAAAAAAAAUUAAUACUUCUAUUGAUAUGGCACAAUGUAUCAGGCACAAAGUGACACUUGAAAUAAUGUGUGCGCCAUGGCAUGCCGUUCUACUAUCUACAGCCAGAAAAACCAGUCGGUUUAUAACUGGCCUGAAAUUGCGCACAAAUUUGAUUUUUACAUGGGCAAGAUUUUUAUUGUACUAGAUUUUAUAAAAAUAUUGAUAAAAAUAUAGAUAGUCGCAAUGAUAUUUUAUAAUAAGGGAAUUGAAAUGUCGAUGAUUUGCCUUAGAUUAUCGAGAAUAAAAAAUUGAUAAGCAA